UUUGGCAUAAAAAAGAAUAUUGUUGCGUUCAUCGUCUGAUUAAAACUCUGACCGAUAUUCUUCUUCUUGUUGCUGUAUACCUCUGACUUGAUCUUCUUCAUUAGCUUAAGCGUAAAUCUCUCCUAUCGCAGUAAAUAGCUAUUAAAUCAUGAAUAUGCUCGUCGACUGCUACAAUUGCCGGACUAGGCUUCAGCUCCCUCCCGGCGCUCCCUCCAUUCGCUGUGCGAUCUGCCAGGCUAUUACUCACAUCGCCGAUCCUCGAGCUGCUCCUCCUCCGCCUUCUUCUUACGCUCCUCCACCUCCUCCUCCCCUGUCAUCUCCUUCUCCCUACAAUCACGCUCCGGCAGGACCUCCUCCAAACGCCCAUGGAAGAAAAAAGGCGGUGAUAUGCGGCAUAUCGUAUAGGUACUCGAGACAUGAGCUCAAAGGUUGCUUAAACGACGCCAAAUGUAUGCGCCAUCUUCUAAUCAACAAGUUUCACUUUCCUCAAGAUUCUAUCUUAAUGCUCACUGAAGAGGAAACGGACCCCUACAGAAUUCCUACUUUACACAACAUGAGGAUGGCGUUACACUGGCUUGUACUAGGUUGUCAACCUGGAGACUCCCUGCUUUUUCAUUACUCUGGCCAUGGUUCCCGCCAAAGAAACUAUAAUGGCGACGAAGUUGAUGGAUAUGAUGAAACUCUAUGCCCCCUUGAUUUUGAAACACAGGGUAUGAUUGUUGAUGAUGAAAUCAAUGCAACAAUUGUCAGACCGCUUCCGCAAGGUGUUAAGCUCCACGCUAUAAUCGACGCUUGUCAUAGUGGCACCGUCUUGGAUUUACCCUUCCUUUGCAGAAUGAACAGUAGCGGUCAAUAUGUGUGGGAGGAUCACCGUCCACGAUCAGGCAUGUGGAAAGGAACAAGUGGUGGAGAAGUCGUUUCCUUUAGUGGUUGUGAUGAUCAUCAAACCUCUGCUGACACAUCUGCUUUAUCAAAGAUAACAUCUACAGGUGCAAUGACAUUUUGCUUCAUUCAGGCCAUUGAGCGGGGUCAUGGAACUACAUACGGAAGCAUUCUCAAUUCGAUGCGUGCUGCUAUUAAGAGUGCGGGUGGUGGUGGUGGUGGUAUGGACCUUGGUGGUGGUACUGUAACAUCUCUUCUCACCAUGCUUAUGACAGGUGGUAGUAGUCUUGGUGGUGGUGGUGGUGGUGGUGGAUUAAAACAGGAGCCACAACUGACCUCCUGCCAGCCGUUUGAUGUAUACACGAGACCUUUUACUUUAUGAAAUUGCUCGACAAGUAGUACACUUCAAUUGUAAUGGAGUUCAAAAGAGAAAUGGGUGAAUAUUUAAAGGAUCGCUGAAUGGUGAAAGCAUAUUGCAGCCGUUGAUAGCAGAUGCUGCUGCAUUCAUUCAAAUUCUUAUUUCUUUUCAUAAUGCUAAAAGUGUUUCCAAGUUUGUUU